AUGCAUGUCAGAGGUAACGUCACAGUCGAAAGAAUCUUGGAUGCCAUAGCCGAGAAGCCGUUCCGUGGGAGCAGCGAAGUUGAACGUGGGUUGCUGAGGGGUGUCGCGUGGGGCCUUUGGAUUUCUUUGAACUUUUCUCGUUUUUCUGUUGGUAGACGAGUCAGAGAGUUUUCUCGAGACUUGGAGAUAGGCCAAAGUAAACGCGAAAAAUUCCAGAGCUGGCUUCCACAAGGCAAACGAGCCUUUUAA